ACCAAGUUUCAUUCUGUAAAGAAAAUCAAAGAUGUUCUUCCACAUGAUAUUGGAGCGUAACAUGCAACUUCACCCACGCCAUUUCGGUCGCACUCUGCGUGACCAUCUCGUCUCCAAGCUCAUGAAAGAUGUUGAAGGCACCUGCAGUGGCCGUCACGGAUUCGUGGUGGCGAUAACGGGUGUAGAAAACAUCGGAAAAGGGAAUAUUCGUGACGGAACGGGUUUUGUCUCGUUUCCGGUGAAAUAUCAGUGUGUGGUGUUUAGACCCUUUAAAGGGGAAAUUUUAGAAGCUAUUGUUACUAUGGUAAACAAGAUGGGAUUUUUUGCUGAAGCUGGACCAGUUCAAAUUUUUGUUUCAAACCAUGUAAAGGAUUCAUUUAUUGUUAUUGUUUGGAUCUGA